GGUUACUGUUGAAUUUCUUGGUCAAAGCGGUCUGCCCGGUAAAUCGAUCAGAAACGCCGCACGGGGGAGGUCAGGCAUGCUUUCAGAACCACGGACAGCUCCGCCGGACAGAACAAAACUCCCUUUCUGUCACGAGUCUUUCCAUAACCUGCAGGAGUUGAGACACAGUGCGUCCCUGGCCAACAAGGUCUUCAUCCAGAGAGACUACACCGAGGGCACCAUAUGCAAGUUCCAGACCAAGUUCCCAUCGGAACUGGAGAGCAGGAUCGAGCGGAACCUGUUUGAGGACACGGUGAAGACGCUGAACAACUAUUAUGCGGAGGCGGAGAAGAUCGGGGGCCAGUCCUACCUGGAGGGCUGCCUGGCCUGCACCACCGCCUACCUCAUCUUCCUCUGCAUGGAGACAAGAUACGAGAAGGUUUUGAAGAAGAUCUCGCGCUACAUCCAGGAGCAGAAUGAAAAGAUCUACGCUCCCAGAGGACUGCUCAUCACAGACCCAAUUGAACGGGGCAUGAGAGUCAUUGAGAUCUCCAUCUAUGAGGACCGCGGCUCCAGCGGCUCCAGCUCAGGCAGCAGCUCCACUAGCAGCACCAGUGGACGAUGAGAACUACAUGGGCCCUUCCUGAAACACUUUCCCCUCACAUGCUUACUAUUUAUUUAUGUGCACACAGACACUCAAAACACAUGAACACAAACGCACACAAACGCAUCACUCGCAGACACAAGACACGGACUCACAUGCCCAUACAUAAACAAAUACCACGUGUACACACACAUAUGCACGCACACUCACUUAAACACGCACACACACACACACACACACACACACACACACACACACACACACACACACACACACACACACACACACACACACACACACACACACACACACACACAAAAACACACACAAAAACACACACGUGCCACAUUGCACACCCACACGCCACAUAACACUCCUCAUCGGGCCCGCCUGUAACCUUUUGUGCCAGAAUGCCAUCAUGCGUCAUCUAAUGUGAGUAGACGUGGGCUUCAGUGGACGGGGGAAGGAGAAAAGGGACGUACAGAUCUCUCUUUAUCUUUCUCUCUCUCUCUCUUUUUCUCGAUCUCUCACUCUCUCUCUCCACCUGGGCUCCAGUGGCCUGGCAGAGGAAGUAGAGGGGGGGGACAGAUCUCUCUCUCUCUUCGCUCUCUCUCUCUCUCUCUCUCUCUCUCUCUCUCUCUCUCUCUCUCUCUCUCUCGCCCGCCACGCUGCACCACAGCCAAACCCAGACAGUCGGGGCUCAUCCAGUCCAGCCCCCCCAAGCGAAGCAGCCUGGCGAAGACACGAUUCAUCCCUGUGGUGACCAAAACCGGACCUUUUUACACCUAAACUGCCUGAGAAACCUGAGAGACACGACGCACCGUACCGUACACUACAGUAGGCAGUGAUGGGCCACCCGGACUCCCCUCCAGGGGCUCCUAUACAGUAUCCACAUGUUGUAAACCACCUACACGUACUUCUCAAAAAAGGUUCCUCAAAGAACCUUCAAGUUGGGAACCUAAAAGGUCACUGAGGAACCAUAAUAAUUUUCUGAAGAACAUCCUCUCCAGAGGCUUCUGUAUAGUACCACAUGUUGUAAACCACCUUCUUCUACCUGUGUGGUGGUGAUGGAGGUGAAUGCCAUACUAAACUCGAUCUUCUACACUGUUAAAAAUGUGAAGGUCCCUCAAAAAAGGUUCCUCAAAGAACCUUCAAGCUGGGAACCUAAAAGGUCACUGAGUAACCAUAAGAAUUCUCUGAAGAACGUUAAAGUUCCUUCUUCCAAGGUGGCAACAGAAGGGAUCCUCUGAGGACCAUUUCAGAAAAAAAUCCCUGUUUUUUCUCACAUAUUGGUUCUUCCGAGAACGUAAAGGUUCCAAAUAGGAUGUUCUUUGGGGAACCGUUCAUUCGAGCAGAGUACCUGGCUUACAAGUUCAUCGACGGUGCUCAGACAGUUAUAAGAAGAGUUCCAUAGAAUUAACUGUGACAAGAUGGACCAAGAUAUGGUGUGUGGUGGUGGAUGGUAGCUUCUGGAGUCAAAGGUGGUAGCCCAUCACUGGUUGUACACAGUGGAAAAAAUUUUUUGUGUUACUUCAACAUUUACAUAGUAAGACUAACUAGUAGAGUGUUAAAUUCAGCUCUCGUUGGUGUUGAAUUAACACUGUAAAAUGUACUGUGUAGGGGAGUAACCCACCCAUGUCCACAAGAACAUCUGCAGCUGGAGGAAGAUGAUUAAGGUGGUCAGGCAGACUGGAGAGGACAUGGCUUUACUUCCUGUGAUGUAACUUCCUGUGUUCCUGUGCGUGCUCUAGCUCCUCUGGAGUGUGACCAGGAAGUAGAUGGAGUACAGAGGCAAUAAUGAUCCACAUACCGCCCAGCUCCCGUUAGUACAUAUUAUUGAAGUAUGACUUUUAGGUGCACGCAGAGCCAAAUAGGGAGAGUCAAGCUAAUUCCAUUGACCAUGAUGGCCCAUGUUUUCUGGUUUGCCAGGCUAAAAAAAUGUCACACUUUCAUAUAAUGUGCCACCGAGAGCUCAUUGGUGUGCGUAUCAUCGUUGCCUCCUCUUGAACUGCCGCCUUGACCGUUUAAACUUUGAAGGGUGUGCAUGGUGAUACUUGACUGUGAAACAUGAAGGGAGUCGGAGAGCCAGUAGACAUUAGCAGCACUAUGGACCAAGUUUACAUAGACCUCUUUUAUGCAACGUUGCGUAGUUUAUCAUAACGGCGUUCAUGUAGCAACAUUUGGAAAGGUUGUGAUAUUUGUGUGUGUCGAGUGAGUCUUCCAGUGAACAGCAGAUGGUUCCCGAUGUUUAUUUAUUUAUUUAUUGAUGUACUCCCCCAUACGAAAAAAUAAAUGUAUAAAACUUACAAAGUGAUUUAAAGGCUCUACAAGACUUUGAAAGGAUUCUGAGGUGUAAAAUUAAAAUUGGAUGGCUAUCCCAAAUGAGAACAUGGGCCACUUGUAUAGUACAGUAUGUGCCAUAUGAGUAAGCACAGAAACACAUUUCAUUUACAAUGUUAAUAUAUUGCAAUUUAAGAAUAGUAGACGGAAUGUGCAUAUGUGCUUUUACUCAUACAAUAAGGAAAAAGUAUUAAAUUGACCAUAUCAGUCAACACUGUACAUGUUUUAUCUACGAUGUUUAUACAGUAAUAUACAUAUAAUAAUAAUACAUAUAUCAAUCGUAGAUGGAAUGUGCACGUGUACCCCUUUGUCAUACAUGGAAAAAGAAAUCUUGUAAGUGCCAUUGGAGUAUGCACACAAACAGUAGACAUUUCAUCUACAAUGUUUAUAUGUUGCAAUAUAUGAAUUGUAGGUGGGAUGUGUAUAUGUGCGUUACUCAUAUAGAAGAAAAUAAAUGGGCCACUUUUAUAGAAUGUGCCAUACAAGACUAUUUACAGUCCAUAUAUGAGUCGCUCAGUAAGUUUCUUAUAUUUCUCCUUUUUUGUAUGGGGAGGUCCUUUCUUCUUUUCCCUCUUUUAGACCUGUGUACUCAGUGCUUACCAGAUUUUUCCAAAGAACCAUUGGUAACACUUUAGUAUAACGUCCUAUUCACAGCUUUAUAAACACUUUAUAGAUAAUUAACUAAUUAUCAACAAAUGUUUAUAAAUGGGCAAGAAAUACUAUGCUAACACAACAGCGCAGUUGCAGCAGUCCUGGAAGUUUCUCCUCCAAAGACAAGAGGGCAUGAAACCACAUAAAACUCACUCAGUAGAAGUUGAUUCCCACUCCACUGUGCAGUCAUAGUUUGGUUAUUAUACUCAUUUGCAAACAUUUGUAAAUGCUUUGUUAAAUGUUAAUUGUUAUUAAAUGUCAAUAAAGUGUUUAUAAAGCUGUGAAUAGGACGUUAUUCUAAAGUGUUACCGAACCAUUCAUAACUGCCAUGUACCCAGCCUCGUUGGUAGUAGACAGUGUUUUUUAAGCCUUUUUUCAUAAUUAUGCAAAUGUGUGAAUUGUAUUUUUCUUUAUUGUGCUAUCACGGAAAUAGCGUUUUUUUGCUGCAUUGAUGAACCAGUAAAAAGUAUCACA